AUGGCUUCUGACUCUGCCGAUGAGGCAGACAAGUCGCGGUCCCGCAAGUCUAGCGUCCGCAAGCGUGCUCAGCUAUGGAUGACCAAGGGAGGUCUUGUCCGUGACGACUCCGACGACGAACUCGGCGAGGAAGACCACCCGUGGGAGUGGAUCUAUGACCACAACGACGAGAACAACAAAGAAAGCGAGCAGGCGACUACAGAAGAUACCCCGAAAUCGAGCCGAAGACGCACCCCUCGCCCCAAUGCCAAACGCCGCCGGACUAUUGUCGGAGCUCGGAUGGGCUCGUUCGAAUGCGCCUUGGGCCAGGUGGUGCUUUUGAAAUCCCCAGAACCAGGCAAAGAUUGGAUUGGCAUUAUAACGGAAUUCGUAGAACAGGAGGAUCCGGAUGCUGAGGACGAGAUCAUCAAAUCGGCGAACAUCAUGUGGUUUGCUUCCCCGGAUGAGUUCAUGUCAACCCGGAACAAGCGACGAGCCGACGCUUUGCCCAACGAGCAAUACCUGACUGCCGAUUUUAACGUCAAUCCUCUUACGUCGAUCAGUGGCAAAGCUACGGUAAUGUCCAAGGAUGCAUUCUACGCCAGGUACCCAGACGGUGCUCCCCCGAAAGGAAAAGAGGCCCUCGCGGAGUUCAACAAGUGCAUUGUUGUUCGGAGAGGAGUAAACCAGCUGCAAGGACGUUAUACGGAAGAGUUUGUCUGGGAGGACGUAUACCGUGAGGAUAGGGUCUUUGAUCUCAUCACCUUGAUUAAGGAUGGGUUGAAAGCAGCCAAAAAGCGCAAGCAAGUCGACGACGACGUGAGUGAUGUUCCUGAUUGGUGGUGGAUUCAUGGUGCUAACGAAGAGGAUGACUUUGUCCCCACCACACCUAGGAAAAGGCAGAAGGUGGCUACAAACGCUACUCCCCAAUCGCGGCGUCAAAAGACCUUUACCACCCCAGCUCAUAAGAGGAUCGUCGUCAAGAAGCCUCUCGAAUUUACACCUCUCGGUACUCGUAUUCUUUCACCCACUCAUUUCGCCUCCCCGUACCGCCAGGCGCGCACGUUGCUGCACGUUUCCACCGUGCCUACAUCGCUUCCAUGCCGAAAAACGGAGUUCGAAACAGUGUAUAGUCAUCUCAGUGCCGCGAUCAUGGAAGGGACAGGGGCUUGCAUCUACAUAUCAGGAACGCCGGGUACUGGAAAGACAGCAACGGUCCGCGAAGUCGUUUCGCAAUUGAAUUCGGCUGUGUUGGCAGAAGAGAUGGACGAUUUUAUUUUCGUUGAAAUCAACGGCAUGAAGGUCACCGAUCCUCACCAAUCUUACUCGCUGCUCUGGCAAGCGCUCAAGGGUGACCGAGUAUCGCCUUCACAUGCUCUCGACCUUCUUGAGCGGGAGUUCUCACAUCCAUCCCCGCGACGAGUGUCCUGCGUCGUUCUUAUGGACGAGCUCGAUCAGCUUGUCACAAAGAAUCAGUCUGUGAUGGAAUAUCGUCGACGCGGACGCCAUCCAUUCGCCAGUCGCAAGGUAGCCGCCGUUAGUGGUGAUGCCCGACGUGCCCUGGACAUCUGCCGACGCGCCGUCGAAAUCGCCGAACAGGCCAGCGAAGCAGCAGCCCAAGACCCAGACACAGACAAACCCGAUGCAGACGACACCGAAUCCCUACCCCCAACACCCAGCAAGACCCCAGCCCGCAGAGAAAGAUCCCUCAAACAAUCCGCCCAGUCCUCCCCUCAAAAGAAACCACCCACCAAACCACAAACCGUCGGUCGUGUCACCAUCGCCACAAUCAAACAGGCCAUUCACGAAGCCACUUCAACUCCUCUCCAACAGUCCCUCCGCUGUCUUCCCCUCGCCGCUAAGCUCUUCCUCGCCGCCAUGCUAGCCCGGGUCCGACGCACCGGUAUCUCUGAAUCAGCAUUCGGCGACGUAAUCGACGAAGCCAAACGAAUCGCCGAUGCGGCCGUGGCUGUGGCCGGAGCAGCAGGCGCCGGUGUCAAAGACUUCCUGCUAGCCGGAGGGACCGGCGCUCGCGUACGAGCUUUGGGCUACGCCGCAAUGGAACUGACGAACUCGGGCGUCCUCGCUCUGGAAUAUGGAGCCGGCGCCAGGGGACCCCUAGGUAGCGCUGCUAUUCCGCAUCGUGGCGAUCGUAGCGGAAAAGUACGACUCCGUAUCGCUGCAGAAGAUGUCAAGAUUGCUUUUCGCGAGGAUGAGGAAGCCAAGGGGCUUGGAUUGGGCUUGGAUCAGUGA